AUGUGGUCACUGCUGUUGCUCGUGUUGGGCGUCUGCGUGGCGUUUCUGCAGGACAAGCGGACACUGCGCGUGGAAGCGACUACUCACACGGCCGCUCGGAAGGCGCAGACGCGGGAAGGACAUAGCGCGCGGGGGACGUCCGACUGGCCGUCGCUGCUCUUGCACUUCACAGUCAAACGCAGCUCCAUGAGCCUCUACGGCCAUUCCAAGUUCACGAUGUACGCCACUCCCAUCGUGUCGACUGCUCGCUCCCGCGUCAUGUUUGACGUGUACGCAACGGUCCACGACGACAAGACGGCGUACAACUACACACUUGUGAACGGAGUCGCUUACCUGCAGAGCGAUCCGCUGGUCGCUCGCUCGUUUCCCAGAUCCGUACGGUGCGUCCAGUCGGACUUUGUCGACUUUCCCCCCAUCGCCUCAAUUCUGGACGCACUGAACGAAGCGGUGCCGGUGGCAGAGCUCUCGGGGAGCAUUGGGAGCACUAUCGAUUGCGAAGGAGACAGCAUCUACAAAGUGUCGGUGGACGGCUUUGACUUUGCGCUGUGCGCUUCGGAACACGAGGGCUUCAAGAUGUACGGAAGCGACAUGGACAUUGAAGUGGAGUACCUCGACACGCGCGUGCGAGUUGUGGCUCCAGUCGUGGCACUUGACGACGACGACGACGACGACAGUGCGAAGCUGAAGUGUCCUGGAGCGCUGUGA